AUGUCGGACAACGAGGAUAACUUCGACGAUGGCGAUUUUGAUGAUGCCGAAGAGGAUGAGGGAUUAGAUGAUUUGGAAAAUCCUGAAGAUGACGAUCAGGAGAAUGUACAAAUUCUACCGGCAGGGGAGGGUCAGCAGGCCAACCAGAAGAGGAUAACAACGUCAUACAUGACGAAAUAUGAGCGCGCCCGUGUUUUGGGAACGAGAGCGCUUCAGAUAGCGAUGUGUGCACCAGUCAUGGUGGAGCUGGAAGGAGAAACGGACCCCUUACAAAUUGCCAUGAAGGAGCUCAAAUGCGGUAAGAUCCCCAUCAUCAUCCGCCGCUAUCUUCCAGACGGAAGUUAUGAAGACUGGGGCUGUGACGAGCUCAUCAUUAGUGAUUAA